AUGGUGCCCUCGAUCGAAGCGGCAUCCAGUAUCGGGACUAAGACGGGCAGCGCUCGACAAACUUCACCCGGUUCUCGUCCACAGAACGAAGGCAAGGGUGGUCGAAAACAGUGGGCCACGUUUGAACACGGCCACACCGCGCACGACGAAUCACAGCCUGUGCCAACUCUACGAAGCUGGGCGCACCGCGGACCGAGUCGGGAAUAUCUGCGAUUGUGA